GGCGCGCAAGAAUCAUGACGCCAUCGGCAAAUGUCAAAGCUCCUGGGUGGCGCGGGAGCUCUCCGCCACCCCUCAGCAUCAUCUCGGGGUCGUCGCAGAGUAAUCUUUGUUCCAAAUCAACAUUCGCCAUCUUCACAUAAAACAACUCCACAUGCGCUUUCCUUCCUUCCCAACAUUCAUCCGCGCCUUCCACACGGUCACAAACACAACGAGCGCAUUUCUCCGAUCGAACCCUACCAGUAAUCUCGGUCGCACUAUCUAUAACUCACCGCAGCGCGCAAUCAUCUACCGUUCGAUGCCAAAUAUCCCUUUCUUGGGUGCCCUUUUCGGAUCUUCUAGCAGUAUGGCGGACAACACAAACUACCCAGUCCAGAAGCCCGAGGGCGAAUGGCAAGCACAGCUAUCACCUGAGCAAUUCCGCAUCCUCCGAAAGAAGGGUACUGAGAUGCCCGGCUCCAGCACAUAUGACAAGCACUAUCCCGACGCUGGCGUUUACACGUGCACCGGAUGCGACGCGCCUCUGUACAAAGCAAACCACAAGUUCGACUCUGGCUGUGGAUGGCCCGCCUUCUGGGAUGCCGUGCCAGGCGCUGUCGGACAGAAGCCUGACCCUGGUCUUGGCAUGAUGAGGACGGAGAUUGUAUGCAACAACUGUGGAGGUCACUUGGGACAUAUUUUCAAGGGCGAGAGAUUUGGCAAUCCAAAGGACGAGAGGCAUUGUGUAAACGGCAUUUCUAUCAACUUCUCCCCUGAGGAUAAGAAAUGAGAAAGAACAGUCC